ACGUUUACUUGUUUGUAUCGCUCAAUCAACUAAUCUGUGUUACUGUGAGAGAACAAACAUUGUUGGCACUAUGGCGGCUACUAUUCCUACAAUCACACUGAACAAUGGACGCCAUAUGCCCGCUGUUGGUCUGGGCACUUGGCAGAUGGACGAUGCUCAAGCCGAGAAGGCUGUGCUACAGGCUAUAGAUCUAGGCUAUAGGCACUUCGACACGGCCUUCAUAUACCAUAAUGAGGUCGCUAUUGGGAAGGCAGUGCGCCAAAAGAUCAGAGAAGGGGUCAUAAAGAGAGAAGAUGUCUUCAUUACUUCUAAGUUGUGGUGUACAAGUCACUCGCCAGAGGCAGUGUUACGGGCGUGUCACCGCUCUCACAGAUAUCUUUCCCUCGACUACAUCGACUUAUACCUUGUACACUGGCCUUUCGGUCUCAAGAGUAAGACGGAGCCACUCAACCCGCAAGUGUUUGAUGAGUUCGACUCCACAUCGCUGGAGGAAACAUGGCGGGAGAUGGAGAAAUGUGUGGAUGAGGGUUUAGUGCGCAGCAUAGGUGUCUCCAACUACAACAGUGUGCAGCUGGCUAGGAUCGCCAACGCUGCCAGGAUUAAACCCGUUAUCAACCAGGUAGAGUGUCACGUGGGCCUGCCCCAGCAUCAGCUGCUGCAGUUCUGUCGAGAGUGGGGGGUUGCAGUAGCUGCCCAUUCCCCUCUAGGGGCACCUUACCGCCCUGGGAGGCCCCGCGGAGCCCCGUCCACCCUGGAGCAGCCCGCCUUGGCACAGCUGGCACACAAGCACGGCAAAACACCGGCCCAGAUUGCUCUCAGAUACGUGGUACAACUGGGUGCCAUUCCUUUACCGAAGGCAAGCUCUGUGGAACACAUGAGGGACAAUCUGAAGAUAUUUGACUUCAAACUGGACAAAAGGGAAAUGGAAACUUUAGACAGGUUGGACAAAAAUGACAGACUUCUGACUUAUCCUCUGGCAAGGCAUCAUUUGGAUUGGCCUUUCAAGAUUCCCUUCUGAACGCCAUUGAAAUACUGCGAGGUUAAAAAUAAUUUCAUGACCAAA